UGUAAUAUGGAAUUUUUACACCCAUUAUUGCUGCUUCUUCCUGUAUUUGCGCGAUGAUUAUCUGAGAUAUUAACUAUAUGAUUCUAUAUUCUCAAAUCUUUUCUAUAAAGAAGGAAUGUAGUUGACAAUUGUUAAUAGUUUUAUUUGAUCGUUCGUCAAAAAGUUGUAAUUUUGUUACUCUUGUAUCUUCAAUGCAAUUGAGUAAUUAAAUAGUAAUUCAAUUGAAUGCGUUUUAAUUCCCUUUUAUUAUUGUUUAAUUUGAGUUACAAUGCUAUGACGUUAAAUUUUAUUUACACUUAAAUGUAUUAUGAGUAUUCCUGGCCAAGUGUGAGGUUGAGCGCUCUAUAACCAGGUUUAAACCCCCAAUGCUUUGCAUUGACCGUUCCAAGGCGGUGACCCCAGCUUUAUUGAUAUUUUGUGUUUAUGUUGGUUUGUAUUGUGCUGUAUUGUGCUGUUUUGUACUGGUUUGGGCAAUCGGUCACUUGCUUUAAAUAAAGGACCAACUAAUUGUUUUUAAUGAAAAUUCAAUACUGCUCCAGCAGCUGGAGUUUCACUUCUUUAUAUUUCAACAAGAAAGGAAAUAUGUGUUUACUUUUUUAUAUAGUGUAUCACACAUACAAAUAUCUUUUACUUAUUUGUGCUGUACAGUACGUGUCAUUGGUCCAACAUGUACGUCGUGCGAUCUGUCAUAAUUUGUUUCAUGUGUAAUUGGUUACCUGUGUCUAUAUUAACAUAAUACUAUAUCACAAUAUACAUACUCGUUUUAUUAAAUAUUUUAAUAAUAAUGGUGCAUAUAUACUUUGUACUAUAUACAGAUAUGCUACGUAGAGAACACUAUUUGUUCGCUAACGCACGCUACGUUAUUCAAGUCAGGAUGUUUACACAGAACCGUAAGUAGGACAAUUAAUCUGUAUAUUAGACAAAUAUAUACGGAAGUAUAUAUGAUCUGUAUGUUCACUGAUUGCUAAUUUAAUAGUUUGAUGUUUUAUAAAUGCUGUUUUGUAUUCAACGACACCAUCAUUAACCUACCUCCUCGUGCUUAAAACCUAUCAAGUAACAGUACAAUACGAAUAAACUGUUGGAUCAAAUUAUCCAUAUUGUGUUAUGACACCUUAAUCACCAAAGUACCAAUUUGAUGCAUUCAUAAAAUUGCUAAAAAACAACGCUAAAUUAUGUAUAUGAAUGGUAAAUGUACACAUAUAGUUAAGAAUUCACACAAUGAUUUCACAAAAGAAACUUGGCAGUUGGCAAAAUAAUGUGAGUUAUUUGUUUCGUUAUUUUUUUUACCAAAUUUAAAAAUUAUAUUAUAAAGUGAACGUGUUCUUGUUUCGAUUACUAAAGCAAUGUGAAAGACACGCUCAAAGCCUAAGUUUGAUUGGAAGAAAGCGAUAUGACAACACGGAUAUGUCUGGGAACAACUUGCAGAUACAGUGUUGUGACUCCAAUCUGUGUAACCAUGGACAUACCAGUAGUGGAUCCGGUAGCGUAUUGACAACUGGAACAGUGGCACCAACCCAUAGCGCACAAUCAACAAGUUGCGCGUACAAGGUUGCUGACGGCUCGUUUGAGGGUAACGGCUGGUCCCCGUGGAUAAAUGGGUUUGCGACAAAAACCGGUGACGCUCAGGACGGGAACAAGUACAUCUCGGUGACCAAAGGUGGGGCUUAUCAGAACAUCGUGUUUAACGGCCUCGGUUUCGGAUCUUAACGACUACUCGAUUUACUGUGACUUGACGCUCGCAGACGGCACGAUGGCGUGGGGACAAUUCACGCCUUUUAACGGCAUGCUAACAGCGUGAAACAAAGUGGUGCUCAGAGUUCACUCUACCAAGGUGAUUCGAAGUGCCUUUUGUUACGCAUUGUUUCGUAGCGGUUCCGGGUCCGCCGAUUUCGAUAAUUUCCGGUUGGAAUCCUGUGCAUAAUUAACGAUGGGUCGGUCGUGUGGUCAAUUGUUAUGUGUCG